CAGAGUCUGAUCCUUUGAAGAACGCGAUUGGCUGCUGCGGUGUCAGAUCUGAGAGUAGUAAGAUGGCGGCGGCGAUAGGCGUAAGGGAGUGUAGUCCGCGGUCACAAUGGAGAAGGUGGAAGGUGCGGGUUCUUGUAUUGCUGAUAGUCGCCUUCGUACAUUGGGACGUAGGUACAGCCGAUCAGACGGAGGAAUAUUUAAAGAGAGAACACUCACUGAGCAAACCUUACCAGGGAGUAGGCUCCUCUACUUCAUCACUAUGGGACCUUUUGGGAAAUUCACUUGUGACCCCACAGUAUGUGCGCCUAACCCCUGACUUACAAAGCAAGCAGGGGGCUGUCUGGAACCGCGUGCCUUGUUACUUGAGGGAUUGGGAGAUGCAAGUUCACUUUAAAAUCCAUGGACAGGGAAAAAAGAACCUAAAUGGGGAUGGCUUUGCCAUCUGGUAUACCAAGGAUCGGAUGCAAGCAGGACCUGUCUUUGGCAGUAAAGAUAACUUUGUUGGUCUUGGGUUGUUUGUGGACACCUAUCCUAACGAAGAAAAGCAGCAUGAGUCUCAGAGGAAAAGAUACUCUCCUUCGAUGCAGCGUGUUUUUCCUUACAUAUCUGCCAUGGUCAGCAAUGGCUCCAUUACAUAUGACCAUAGUCGGGAUGGGCGUACAACAGAGCUGGGAGGGUGCACAGCCAUGGUCAGGAACCUUAACCACGAUACAUUCCUUGUCAUACGUUAUGUGAAACGUCGCCUUACGAUCAUGGUAGAUAUUGACGGGAAGCAGGAGUGGAAAGAUUGUGUAGAUGUUCCCGGAGUGCGAUUACCCCGUGGAUAUUUCUUUGGUGCUUCUGCAGUAACGGGAGACUUGUCAGACAACCAUGACGUCAUAUCCCUGAAGUUGUACCAACUGAGUGUAGAACGUACUCCCGAGGAGGAGAAGAUGGAUAAGGAAGUGUUCAUUCCCAGUGUGGACCAUUUGAAACUGCCUGGAGAAACUUCAUCAGAGUCCAUGAGCGGUUUUGCAAUAUUUCUUAUCGUGUUCUUCUCACUUCUUGGCCUGGUCUUUACUGGAGUCAUCCUCCUCAUUGUGUACAGUAAGUGGCAAGAGCGGAACCGUAAACACUUCUACUGAAGAACCUAUACUACAACACCGUCUGGACUUACACACUGGUGCCCACAGCAAGAACAAACUGUGACUUCCGUGGUCUGUGGAGCAUGAAUGCUCAUUACACACGAUGCUGGAGAUUUUGCUUAGCUGCCUCCUAUAAAACAAUUUCUGUUUUAAACACUGGGAUUUUAUAAGCUGCUAUUGAAGAUUCACUUUUCAGUAGAUCUUCCCACUGGUGUGUUGUGUAGCUUUAUUUUUGUUUGUUUUUGUUUUUUAAUUACCUCCACUGGAAACAAUCUGAUCUUCACUACCCUCAGAACUGAAAUACUUGUCUCCAGUCCAUCCCAUGUGAUAUCCAGCCUCAGGCAAAAUGUGAUUAUCUUUCCACUACCAUUAUCUAAAGGGGAGUUGUAUGAUUUUUUUUUUAUAUAUAUUUGCUGCAUAUUCUGUCAAUUCCACAACAUAAGGAUUUGUUACACUAGGACAGAGACGGUCAAUCUUUUCCAUAUAGUCAAUAAUUACAUACUCCAUGUGUUCAUGGGGCAGCUUCUAUAAAAAUGAUGUGUUAGUACAGAGUACUAAAUAUUCUGGAAAAUGAUCAGUAACAGUGUAGUCUUUCUUUCUCCAUUUGGGGCCAGAUUCCUAUUGGUGGUUUCAGAAUCUAAAUCCCUUUAAACUUUGGUCACAUUAAGAGAUUUACUAGAAUUUACAUUGACCCCCCCCCCUUGACAUGAUCCCUUGGAGAAGUCAGGGACUAGUACAAUAAAUUUCCUGACUUUACUAUAUUAUGCAUGUGCCAACACUAGGGAUUCCUUCUAUAAAUCCCUCCCCCAACAGCAGAGAAGUAGUAGCAGCCUGGGGUCCCAAGACAUUAAUUAGAGUCACUAGCCAAUUGGGUUUUUUUGAACACUGGAAUUGCCCCAAGAGUGGCACACCUGCACACAACUAGUCACCUUUCCAAGCAGCAUGGAAGUGCCAAACUUCUGCUAAUUCCAAUUGUUCAAAAUAUGUUUUAUCCCUUUUUUUGGGUGCCAUUUUCAGCCCCAGGUUAAAAGUUUUUCUGCUGCUCUCAGGAUAGCCAUACACGGUUUGAUACAAUCUGCCAAAUCAGUCCCUUCAUACUGCAACUUAUUGGUCUGUGAGUGGGGCCCAACAGGUAUCUGGCCAAUAAUUGGGUGGGUUUGAAAAUCCCAUCAGACAAGGCAUUGAUGUGACCCUUAUUCAUCAGUCCUUUUGGGCCAAUCACCAGAUCAGGCCAAUUUGGUCUUGCAUGUGGGCCAGAUCUGUUUGUUUGAUGUGGAAGUUAUGGGCCAGCUUAAUUAUUUAACUGGUAUUGUUUUAUUCUAUCCCCUCCUAUUAAACAAUAUUCCUCCUGUUGACUGUUACAAAUCACUGCAGAUGGUGUGAAUGGCCAUUUUAAAGCGGAUUGCCUAGCUUUACCAGAAAUGUUACUUUAUAUGUGAAAAUUAAAUUUUAAAAAGCAGAUGAUAUUUUAUAGACUGCAGUCUGAGAGCUGGGAAAGUGUUUUAUAGGAAACUUUAUGUUGCAUGACACAGGAAUGUAUAUCUGCAUUAUAGUAAAGGGUGCUCAAGCGAGA